AUGAAACAAUCCUAUUAUAGCCAAGGACGCAUUAUAAAUCGUCCUGGGGUAUAUUUAAGACCCCCAACAAUUGGAUAUGUUUGACACCAGAAGUUGCCAAACCACUUCCACAAGUUGAAAAACACACCUCUAAAAGAAUUUGUCAACUCCGCAAUUUGAGCUCCAAAUGAUAGCCCAGGACGAUCUAUAAUGCGUCUUGGGGUAUAUGCAGCAGUAAACCAAGUUCGGUGCUCAACUCCUUCUCGGAACCCUCUUCUCCAAGACGAAUCUUAUGAAACCAAAUCACGGCUAUCCAAAGCCCAAGUUCCUUCUUAUUUAGCCGAAUCAAGAUGACUCGACGAAAGGCCAAAAGGAAUCGCCAAAGGAGCCUAUUCCUAUCAGUCCCAAGGAUCAUUUAAAAUUGGCACUGAUAACAAUUUACCAUUUAAACCUACUAAAAAGGUGUUCUCUUGCAGAAAUACGCUUAGCAGGCCAGAAGUCCCAGUUGCGAUAAAAGCGCGGCCUCAAACUCCAUCUAGAAAUCCUUUAUUUUUGGGUGAUGAAGAAGCUCCUCCACAGAGCUCAAGGAAAAAACUGAUAAACCCUGAUCCUCCAUGUCUAUAUGAUGAUGUUGCAAAUAAUUCAGAAAAUAGCCAAAGAACUCGUAGGACGAGCUAGUAAAAAAUAUUUAGUGACCGACGAAAUUCAAGUAAAUAGGCUGGCUUGGAAAGGACAAUUUGGAUUUAUAAUAGAGGAAAAUAGUAAUUUAAAGAAAAUUGUAUAGUGUUUUUGAACAAAAUAAUAAAUAUGAUCCAUUUGGAAGCCACAAAAAGCAUAACCCUAAACCAAGAGAAUCAUUAAAAAAGGUAUUAGCUUAUGAUUAUGCUCUGCCUUAUAGGGAAGAUAAAAUUACAACUAAGCCUUGGAAUGAAGUUGCUUAUUAG